CCUUAUUUUCUUACUGUCUGUUCUUGCUGUUCUCUUCAUGAUAUUAAAAUACUGAAUUAAAAUACCAAACCACCUCUUACUCAGAACUAGCCAAUAACAAUUUGUGAUGGCUCAGAAUUCCAGGAAGAAUUUUUAAAAGGAAAUUCAUUACUGUAUGAAUCUGUGCAUUUGGGGUGAAACACAGUUUUGGAUGCCAUGACCAAAACUGCUCUUGCCACACUUGGAUAGGUAGCCUGGUGCCUUAGGAUCCAACCCUGGGCUUUGGCAUGCCAGGAUAGCCUUGAAAUAAUUCCCCUGCCUCAGCUCCACGAGUGCUGGACUCACAGUUCUAGGAAGCCACCUUUGUGUGUCCGCAUGGCCUCGCUGGUGGCAUAUGAUGAUUCUGACUCAGAGACUGAGACCGAGCAUGCCAGAACUGUGAACCCUGAAGGUCAGAUGGAUGAUGCCUCUGGUGUGACCAGACCUUCUGGAACGGGUUUUGUAUCUGGUACAGUGGAUAUGACAAAAGAGGGGGUACAACACACAGGGAAUAGUCCUUUUGAAGACCCGGGGGACCAACGUCUGCCACUGGCUCGGAUCUGGAGAAGUCACCCAGGAUCUUGUCCCAGCCAGAGGCUACAGUGGCCCUCAAAGGACCCUGAUACCACCUUCCCCACCAGUGAGCCUCCUCGUCCUUUGUGGAUGAGCCGAGCUCCAGCCAGCCAUGUGCCCUUGGCAGCUGCCUGCUUAAAGCCAGUAAAACCUGCUUGGGAUGCCCUCCAUUCACCUUCUCAGACUCAAAGCGAAGUUGAAAGCACCGCUAGAAAUGCCAGCUCUUUUCAGAGGAAAAGGGGUGAGGACUGUGUGGUUCCCUAUACUCCCAAGAGACUGAGGCAGCUGCAGGCACUGAAUCCAGAAGCUGGUGGGGGCAAAGAUCUAGAGCCUCCAGAACCCCCUGCAGGCUGUGCCCCAGCCCCGCUCUGUGUGGCUCCCACUGUGUCUGAGUCCAUCCAGCCAUAUUUGAACAGUCAGUACAGAGAGACUAAGGUCCCCAGGAAAGUGCUCUUCCACCUGCGAGGCCACAGGGGCCCUGUCAACAGUAUUCAGUGGUGUCCAGUCUUUUGUAAAAGCCACAUGCUUCUCUCUGCUUCCAUGGAUAAAACCUUCAAGGUUCUGUCCUUUAGAAGCAAGUCCGUAAGGCCGGGCCCAUCCAGGGCAAAAGCAGUCAGUUUCAUCUCGAGUGGGGUGUGGAAUGCUGUGGACUCGGGGCACUGUCUGCAGACCUACUCUGUGCACAGUGAGGCGGUACGGGCUGCGCGGUGGUCUCCCUGUGGCCGGCGCAUUCUCAGUGGUGGCUUUGACUUCGCCCUGCACCUAACAGACCUCGAAACAGGGACCCAAGUAUUUAGUGGUCAGAGUGGCUUCAGAAUCACCACCUUGAAAUUUCAUCCAAAAGAUCACAACGUCUUUUUAUGUGGCGGCUUCAGCUCUGAAAUCAAAGCUUGGGACAUGAGGACUGGCAAGGUGGUGAAGGGCUAUAAGGCAACCAUCCAGCAGACUCUGGACAUUCUCUUCCUCCAAGAAGGGUCUGAGUUCCUGAGCAGCACUGACGCGUCCACUCGAGACUCAGCUGACCGAACCAUCAUUGCCUGGGAUUUCCGGACUGCUGCCAAAAUAUCGAACCAAAUUUUCCAUGAGAGGUACACCUGUCCUAGCCUCGCCUUACAUCCGAGGGAACCCGUGUUCCUGGCACAAACCAAUGGCAACUACCUGGCUCUCUUCUCUUCUGUGUGGCCCUAUCGGAUGAGCAGACGGCGGCGCUAUGAGGGGCACAAGGUGGAAGGCUACGCUGUGGGCUGCGAGUGCUCCCCAUGUGGUGACCUGCUGGUAACAGGCAGUGCUGAUGGCCGGGUUCUGAUGUUCAGCUUCCGCACUGCCAGCCGGGCGUGUACGCUACAAGGGCAUGCUCAGGCCUGCCUUGGCACCACCUACCACCCCGUGCUGCCUUCUGUCCUUGGCACCUGCUCCUGGGGAGGAGACAUCAAGAUCUGGCACUAACUGGCAACUGAGAUCCUGCCCCUGGGUUGGUGACUCUGAAGUUGGCUGGAGAUUAGGCCAGUGCAGGGGUUGUCCCCGCACUGGGCCUCAGUGACUUGUCUGUAAGAGGGGGUGAGAAGUGUCUCAGGAUGUAAGGACUGCAUUAGUAAAGGCAUUUGCCAAAUGGCUGGUGAUGCCCAACCAAUCAGUGUGUACUCUGUAGUUUUUCUUAAUGUGAUUUGGAAAUAAACACAUAGCUGCUUCCUGUUGCCUUUCUACGGCAGGUAGGGGAGCUUGAGGUGGGACUGUCACCUCUGGUCCUGAGGGUGUUAUCCUCAGAACAGUGGGUCUCUGUGUCUUCGAGCUGCUCAGGAACUCUGUGUAGGAGCUCCACAGGGCCCUGCCACUCACCUGCUCUUACUAGACACCAAAGCUGUGUUCCUGCUCCACUCUGGUCACCUCUCUGGUCCUCUACCCUGCUGCUUGCCUAUGCCAAGGUGGGUGGACUGUGCUGGCCACAACUAUGUGUCUGUCCUGGAAGGGGUGAUGAGGAAAAGCAGGGUCCCAGAAGCCAAUUCAGGAACUGACUGGGCUGGGUUAGGAAAUGUAGUGGUUUGUAUAAGAAACUCCCAAGGGCUCAUGUAUCUGAUGCUUAGUCACCAGGGAGUGAAACUGCUUGAAGGGAUUAGAAGGAUUAGGAGGUGUGGCCUUGUUGGAGGAAGGGUGUCACUGGGGAUGGGCUUUGAGAUUUCAAAAGUCCAUGCUAGAACCAGUCUCUUCCCCCUUUUCUCUCCCCCCCCCCUUGCCUUCAGAUCAGGGUAUAGAACUCUCAGCUACUGUUCCAGAACCAUGUCUGCUUGCAUGCUUCCGUGCUUUCUGCCCUGUUGACAAUGGACUAAAUCUCUGAAACUGUAAACAAGCCCCAAUUAAAUGGUUUCUUUUGUAAGAA